AUGCCCGCCUGCGACGACCGGCGCGCGCUCUUGGCCGCCGCCAAGACCGGCGACGUUGGCACCACUGUGGCUUGCUUGGCCAAUGCGGCUUGCAACCCCAACGCGCGCGUGGGCACCGGCUGGACAGCGCUGCAUUUUGCCGUCUACCACGGCAACAUGGCCGUCGUCCGUCUCCUCGUCGCGAGCCCACGCGUCGAUGUGAACGCGCUCACCAUAUGCGGCACGUCGCCGAUUGCUCUCGCAUUGCAGCGCCAAGGGUCGCACAUGCUCGAGAUCCUCCUC